AUGGAAUCUCUUCACGAACGGCCCCGUGAAACCGGUGAGCACGUUGGUUCGUGGAACUCCGAAAAAACACGCCACUCCCGGGGGCUCCGGGUCGGUCGCUCGUUCUCAGCAGAGCAGCUUCACAUUGCGGGACGCCCGUUCGAACCUCUGGCGAAAGAGUUACGUUUGUUAGGAUCCGUUGGCGGUUCAGGCAGCUCCACGGUAGGCACUGGCUCGUUUUCGCACUGUAAUUCUGAGUACGAGAGCACUUGCCGCGCUUACAAUGCACGGCAAAACCAGUCCCGAGCGACAGCGGCUGCCGUCGUUCCCGAACGGCCUCGCCACAGUGACACGACCGAGGACGGCAACCGACAAGCAGCAAGUUCGGAGAGAGGCACGAAAAAGCUGUCUUUUCGUCAGCUCAAGUCGUUGCACGUCUCCUUGAGCACGGUGGAACGUGCCGUUGCCGCUGCCGGCGCCAAGGAGUCCAACGAAAAAGCGUCCGAGCUCAAAGUCAUUGAAAGCGUUACACCGUCGAGUUUGCUGCAGGAGGCUCUAAUGCGUGCAUCUCGACGACGAGCUGAUGGCAAAAUGAUAAUCAAUUUGAGCGCCCUUACCGAAGCCAUUGAUGAGUUAGGUCGAGCAACCGAGCAGCUGGACUGUUACACGGCUCAUCUCUACCAAGCGCAGGCUUUGGGAAGUAAUCGCUACGUCCGACUGCGGGCCGGCCCGGAAGCUGUUGCGCAGCGAACGCUCGCACUGGAUUUGGUGUCGGACGCUUUGUCGAAAGCACUCGGGACGCUUUCUGAAAACUCGAACCUUAUUCGUCGCUCAAGAAAAGAACUGCACGUAUCAGAAGAGCUAUUCGAACGCAAAGUAAGCAAGCGUUCAUUUCUGCGUUCGGUUGUACAGAGUCUUGAAACUAUUCGACGGAUGCAGCAGCUCUUAGACGAAGUGCGAGAUGCGCUGCGUCUGCAUCAGUAUGAUGAAGCGAAUCGUCUUUGCAAGUCAUUCGAUCUGCUGUAUCGUUCGAGCCUUCUCCGUAGAGAACUUGGAUCUGUCGUUCGAAAGGGAAGAAUAUUUAGAGAUUUCUCAGACGUGUUCAUGGACCUUGCCGCUCGAUCGCUUCAGUGCAUGUUCGAGCAGGUGCAGGGUCUCUGUUGCAAGUUCGAUGCGGAAGUAUUCCAGGCCGUCUGGAACGCCUAUGAGAAUCUCGGCGCUGAGUUGGUCCUAGCCGAGCGUUUCGCAUAUGCCUUGGAGCAUGUGCUUGCCGAGAUUCGUGCAAGGGCGCUCGAAUGCGCACAAUGGAGGCAAGCCUCCGGUGCGACUUUAAACGAGUUAUCCAAAAGAGAGGCUGCGGUGGCGUCGCCGUUGCUUGCGAGCUUUACGAACGUAUGGCAGGCUGCAGGCGCCCAUGCCAACGCGUUGGCACCACGGACGCCAAAAUCGCAACAUGUGCCAAGCAACACCGCUCCAUCUGGUGGGGAACUGGCCUCGAGACCACGGAAUCCGUGGGAGUUUCUAGACUGCUGGGCUGGAUUUCUCUCAGCAAUCUGUUACCCAGUGCGACAGCUUUUCGAACACCCCAGGAUCAGCAAACGAUUUCGAAGCAUCGUUUGGGAGGCACUGCAAGCUCGACUCGACGCGGACUGCGAUUUCAUGGCGAAUCAGCUUGUCGCUGAACACGAUACCUAUCCUGUAGUGACGCUGGCGGAGCUUUGGCGCUCCCAACUGGUGCUGCACGCUCUGGAGACACAGUGGAUAUCCAUUGCAGCCGAUGAUCACUUCCCGGAAGACGCUGAUGGACGCGCCGCUGGUAUCUAUAGCUUCGAUGCGACUGCACCAAGGAAGCAUUCAAUGGUUACUGCAAGCCCGAACGGCUCGGUAGUGCGCACAUCGAGUUUGGAGCUGAAUGCAGAACGCCUCCUGCGUGGUACUCGACAGAGGAAGCAGCGCACGUUGCCGCUCGCUACGAUCCACGAGAAUAUCGUGAAGCCUCUCCUCAAGAGUUAUAUUGAUCUGUUCAAACGUGAUAUUGAGUCGCGCUUCAUGGAGAUAUUUGCGACUCCCAAUGACUGGCAAGCAAUCAGCGUUCAGUCGCUGGGAAAUACUGACACGCGCAACCAGAUGCAGCUCGAUCAGAAUCGCUUUGUACCGGAGACUUGGCGUUCUUACUGGGAGACGAUUCGCGCCUGGUAUGCAGUACCAGAUGCGGAUCCGGAUUCGUGCCUCGUGGUGAAGGUGCUUACCCACGAGCUAGCCUCUUUGCGCGUUGAAGAUCUCCUGUCUAUUAUCUGGGAGCGCUUGCAUCGUGAUGAGGGUUAUUCUAUACCCGACGACUAUACAUUUACGGGCGCAUCGGUAUUUGGGAUCGAAUGCAUUGGCACGCUCGCAUCGAUGCUGUAUGCACCAUCUGAAUAUGCAAAUGUUGCCCCAGCUGGUCUAUUUGCGGAAGCGAUUCAGCAAAUCGCACUUUUUGCGAUGUACCUGCUCGGUGUCGUCUACGCGCCGUGCUUCAUGGCAACGGGUAUUCUAGGCGGUAGUCUCGUUCAACUGGAAAAGUAUGAAAGCUUGCGGCCAGCACUGAGUGCGUACCAGCGAGCACUUUUGGCACACUUUCUACAUGAACCGGGAUCCAGUGCAGCGUCGUCAACAGCGCUCCAACGACCGCGGUCGGAACUCAAUUUGAGCAAGUUUUGUUGCGCUGUGGAGUCGGCCUGGACCAUAGGACAGGUCGCUGCGCUGACUCUGGAGACAGCGGCCACCUUUCAGGAACAAACACAGGUUGCAUACCGACCGGAAAGCCGAUGGCGAAACGCGUUUGUCGCCGAGGCUCUUGGUAGAGCGAACCAGCUACGUGGCCUCGCCGAUGCGCUGCAACUGGCAUUGUACCGUUCCCUGGCACCGGCGCUCGUGGAUACCGCAGAGAUCACGCGCAACGUCGUUCAACAGUUGAAACAGAAAAAGGCACCCUGGUGGCAGUCUAUUACCCAGGGACAGAGCCCGGUCUCACCGUCGGCAGAAGGCGCUGUGCAUGAAACGCUUGGAGAAGCCUCUGCAGGCGGGAAUGAGGAUGCGGUCUCCGUUUCGCGGGCUAGUCCAUAUGUAGCCCAGAUAACGGCUCGUUUGCGCAUGCUGCACGAAUCCCGAGGACUACCGGCGCAUGCCGAGGAGCCAUUGUGGCGCGCCUGCGUUUUUGGCGUACUUGUUGCCGUUCAGGACGGCAUCGCACAGAUUCCCGUCACCAGUGUAGACAUUCAAUGCGUGAGCCAGGCGCUGGUAGAUGCCAAGACCCUUAUCGGUAAUCUGGAAGAAGUGCUGGGUUUCCAUCCGCUCCCGUACGCAAGUGAGCUCUGUCAGUUCAUCCAGCUCCAUCUGGCACCGCUACCGCGGAUUCUCCAGUGGAUCGCGACCCAUCGUGAGACGCUGUCGCGGGCCACCAUGCGCGGACUCGUUCGCCACGGUGUGCGACUGAGCAUUGACGACGAGAACGCAUCCAAGACGUUCUCCGAUGAGGCCAUAGAGCGCCUGCUGACGGAAGCAGCUGCCGAGGUCCCAGAGACGGCGGCGCGCACGAGUCCACAAGUCACCUCGGAGGACGCCACGGACGGCAUGCAAGUGUCCGUUACGGUGCUCCGUCUAGAUGCACUGUAA